GUUUUUAUUGAUAUUUGAUAAAUUAUAGUCUUAUGCACGUGACAAUUUGAGAUUUAUUUGUGUUUAUAUUAAUUUUAAUAAAAUGGGCAAGUCUAAAAAAAAGAAUUUGAGAUGUGGAGCGGACAAGCCAUAUUCUAAUUUGGCUGAUCAGAUUGUUGGUGAUAGGAUAGUUUCAAAAAAGAAUAAAGAACCCAAGAUUCGUUUGCGUCAGGAUGAGAGCGAAGAGGUUAUUGGUUCUCAAUUAUCCAGGCGGAUAUUGGAUCAAAUUAGAGAACAAAAACAAGAAAUAACAGAAAGUGAGGGCCCAUCAAAAAAUAUAUUGACAUUAUUGGAUUCUGGAUCUGACUCAGAGGAAGAUGAAGAAGAUAAACCGAUCUUUGGUGAAGGAGAUGAUGGAGAUUACUAUGAGCAAUUGAAUAUAAAUGCAGAUGACGAAAAAGCAUUAGAAAUGUUUAUGUCUAAAAAACCAGAAGCUCGCUUAACUUUGGCUGAUAUGAUUUUAGAAAAAAUAACUGAAAAACAAACUGAAAUACAAACCCAAUUUACAGAUGCUGAAAGUAUUCACCUACAAGAUAUAGAUCCAAGAGUAGUGCAAAUGUAUAAAGGUGUUAAGCAAGUGUUAACUACUUAUAGAAGUGGCAAGUUGCCUAAGGCAUUUAAACUAAUUCCUAAGUUACGUAAUUGGGAACAAAUUUUAUACAUUACUGAGCCUACUUCAUGGAGUGCUGCAGCUAUGUAUCAGGGUAUUCGCAUAUUUGCAUCUAAUUUAAAAGAAAAUAUGGCUCAGCGAUUUUACAAUCUUGUUUUAUUGCCUAGAGUUAGAGAUGAUAUUGAUGAAUAUAAAAAAUUAAAUUUCCAUCUUUAUCAAGCAUUAAAAAAAGCCUUAUUCAAACCUGGAGCUUUUAUGAAAGGAAUACUUAUACCUUUGUGUGAAAGCGGUACUUGUACUUUAAGAGAAGCGAUCAUUAUUGGAUCAGUUAUUGGAAAAAAUUCGAUUCCAAUGUUACAUUCAGCAGCAGCUAUAUUAAAAUUAGCUGAAAUGGAUUAUAAUGGAGCUACAUCAAUAUUCCUCAGAAUACUUUUUGAUAAAAAAUAUGCUCUUCCAUAUAGGGUUGUAGAUGCAGUGGUUUUUCAUUUUCUGAGGUUUGAGCAUGAUCAUAGAGAAUUGCCUGUGUUAUGGCAUCAGUCAUUUUUAACAUUUGCCCAGCGGUAUAAAACAGAUAUAAGUUCUGAACAAAAAAAAGCUUUGUUAAAAUUACUCAGAAUCAAAUCUCAUCCAGUUAUUACACCAGAUAUACGUCGUGAAUUAGAAAGUUCUACAUGUAGAGACAUUGAAAUGUCUGAGCCUAUGUUAUAAUUUAUAUUGAAAAAAAUUAUCAUUUUGAGUUCUGUUAAGCAGAUUGUUA